AUGUCUAAAGUUAAAAAGUUUGUUACACGCAUUAGAAAAUCAAAAAGAAAUGGUACUGAAGAUCGUAAAGGUCCUAAAAUUGGCAGAAUUGGUAAAAAAUCUAAAAAAUCAAAAAUACGUGCAGGUGAUCCAUUUAAUGUAGCUGCAAGGCAGAGUAAACUUAUUAAUAUAAAUAAAAUAAAUAAACCAAUAAAUGAAGAAGAAUUAGAUGUCCAAAAACCACCACGUUCAUUUAAAAUGAUGCAAGCUGCAAAAGAAAAAAUGAAAGAAAUUGAAAGUAAAAAGCAAAAAAAUAAAAAAACAGUAUCAAAAGUAACAGAAAUUAGUGGAAAGCUAGGAUUUGUUAAAAAACAUUAUGAAGAUGACUCUCAGUUAGUACGUCGUGUUGCUAAUAAGAUUAACUCUGACGUUAUGGAACAAACAAUUUUAGCUAAAUAUGGAUUAGCUGGUAGAAAUCAAAAAGAAUUAGAUAAAGAUUUGUUAGAAUUAGAAGCUGAAAAAAAGAGAAAGAAAGAAGCUAAAAAAAUAUUACACGAGAGAAGAAUUGCUAAUCUUAGGGCAAAAGAAAAAAAAAUUGUAAAAAUGUAG